AUGCGUCUCCUCCUCCUCCCCCUCCUAGCUGUCACAGCAACAACAGCCCAAAGAAUCUUCAUCAACCAAGUCCCCUUCUACUCCUCCCUCCCCCCCUGCGCCGAAGCCCCCUUGUCCAACAUCGUGAGAAACAUGGUCUCCGGCUGCGGCGACGGCGGCCGCACAACCUCGUACUCCUGCUUCUGCGCCUCCAGCUCGAUAAAAUUCGAGAGUAUAAUCAGCAGGGCUGUCUCAUCAAAGUGCAUGCCUUCCGAGCCGGAAGCUACUGCUUCUGCGCUGGCUGUGUUUGAUAGUUAUUGUCAUCUCUCACCGCAGGCUGCACCUACGCAGACGGCAAUGUUCCCACCGGCUGAGAAUAGACCGCUGUUUUCGAGUGAGUCCGAAACCACCACCACGACUGAGGUUUUGACUGUGGGGCUCACGACAGGCGAAGUAGAUACUAGUGAAAGUGUGACGGCUGCUUCUUCUUCGUAUGAGGCGAGGGUCACGGGUGGUGGUGGUGGAGAGGGGAGUUUGUUGGUGCAGCAGAGACCGGGGCCGGGGACGGUUUUGUCAAGUCCGAGUAGGACGCAGCUUGCUCCUAUUCCUUCGGCUAGUAUUGCUUUUUCGGGGGGAGAGAGAGUUGGUACCGGCCAGUGGCUGGCGUUCUAUUUGGUGCUAUGGGGUUUGAGUCUGAUGGUAUUUUGA